AUGCUUGAGUUCCGUACAGAGGGAUUCAACGGAUAUGCAGUGAAAUACUCCCCCUUCUUUGACUCCCGUCUUGCGGUUGCUGCAUCCGCGAAUUUUGGCCUUGUUGGAAAUGGCAGGCUCUAUUUUCUCGAUCUAACGCCCAACGGCAUCGUCCCUCUGAAAUAUUUCACAACGCAAGAUUCUCUCUAUGAUAUUGCCUGGUCCGAAAUCCAUGAGAACCAAGCCCUCGUGGGCUCUGGGGAUGGGAGUAUUAAGCUCUUCGAUGCUACGGUGGAUGAGUUUCCUGUCCAAGGAUGGAAGGAACAUUCUCGCGAAGUUUUCUCCGUUCAUUGGAAUUUAGUAGCAAAGGACCGAUUCUGCUCCAGCAGUUGGGACGGAACCGUUAAAAUUUGGUCACCCUCUAGACCUCAGUCACUCUUAACUCUUCCGACGCAUAGCUGCACCUAUUCCGUCGCCUUUUCCCCACACUCCCCAGAUAUCUUAUCCUGCGUCUCUUCAGACUCCCAUGUUCGCGUCUUCGAUUUGCGUACACCCUCCUCUGCAAACAACCAUCUUACAGUACAAAUCCCGAUUCAUGGAGGAGCCUCGGUACCUACGAAACCGGGAUUUCCACCCGCACCUGCCUCAUGUCCUCCAUCAGAGGCCCUGACGCAUGACUGGAACAAAUAUCGACCCUCAGUCCUUGCCACAGCUGGUGUCGACCGAACGAUCCGUACAUUUGACAUCCGUGCUCCGCAACAGGGCCCGCUAUCCGCAAUGAUUGGACAUGAGUAUGCCGUCCGAAAAAUUACCUGGUCACCGCACCUUUCACACGUUCUUUUAAGCGCUAGUUACGACAUGACCUGUCGUGUUUGGAGCGACGGAUCCGAUACCGGAACGCCGGGUGGUGAAGCAGGCUUCAUGCCCGGUGGACUGAGCGCUGGAUCAGGAAUGGGCAGAGAACUGGGGCGCAUGGGGCGCCAUACGGAGUUUGCUACUGGCGUAGAUUGGUGUCUCUUUGGAAGUGAAGGCUGGUGCGCAAGUUGUGGGUGGGAUGAAAGACUCUGUGUUUGGGAUGUAAGAGCGAUCAUGGCUUGA